AGAUAUUGUACCAAAAGAGUUCGAUUCAAAAAUAAUCAAAAACAUGCUAUCCACGCAUCAACAAGUUACACCAAAUAAUCGCUAUGCUGUCAUCAUCGCGAUGCCCGCCAUAAUCUAUGCUCUGCUCUUCACACUGCCAAGCACCCUCGCCGGUGGGUAUAAAAUCAAUUCAGAUAGGCUCUCAAAGCCCACCUCAGCGAUGGCCUCCAAAGUACUAUUUCACAGCCCGUCGUUGGCAAAUAUUUACAAAGAAAUGAUUGUAUCGUCGAAACCACUAAGCCUUCGCAAAUACGGCAAUGGUUCCAAGGUGAAAAAAACAAAAAAGGAUUCUAAAAUCUAUUACAUACCAAUACCUCCAAUGCCAUACCGCUUUAUUCCGGGAGUGGGCUUCGAUUACCAGCCCAUGAAAAUUAAACCUAUAGUAAAGGAGCCGUCAAGUGGAAUGAAACCUUUAAAUGGCGCAGCUCAAACGAGUUCUUCGAAUGCAGGAAAAGUAACCACCAACGUAGAUCAGCAUACCGCAACGAACCAGAAGACCAAAAAUAACUGGUAUAGGCCAGUAGAUAAUGGGAGCACAAACUACAAAAUUUCGAAUAAAAAGGAAAUUGACAUAGUGGCAAAUAGACCGCUAGACUUUACAGGCGCCGACAGUAAACUCUAUCUCAUGGAUCGCGGAAAUUAUUACUUCAGUGGGCGGCCAUUUAGACUGCAGGUGGCGCAUGCGCAACCAAAGAAUCAACUAACGUCACUUAAUCUUAAAUCAAAACUAUUUUUUAAUAAAAAAAUUAUUUAUUAAAGAUAUUAGA